AUGGAGGUGGCAGUGAGAGAAGCCGGGUUGUCACCGCAUAUUAAGUGUUUCGCGCACACACUGAAUCUCGCGUCGCAAUCAGGUUUAAAUGUUUCUCGCGUGAGUCGCCUGCUUGGUCGCGUGAGAAAAGUCGUGGCUUUCUUUCACCGCAGUGCCACAGCAACAGCUGUGCUCGCUGAAAAGCAAAAGAUGCUUGAGAUUGCAUCACAUAAGCUUAUCAUGGAUGUUGUAACACGUUGGAACAGCUCCAUGGAUAUGCUGGAACGCUAUCUCGAGCAACAAGCGGCUAUAACUGCAUCUCUCUUGAGCACAGAGGUGCGCAAAAAUGCCCGUCAACUUGAUACUCUGGAUAGCAACGACAUCACUGAUGCAGAAGAAAUAGUAACCCUUCUUAAACCUUUAAAAAAAGCCACCAGUGUUCUGUCUGAUGAAAAGAGCGCCACCCUGUCACUCAUUGUGCCCUUGAAAUCCAUGAUCGAGCAGAGCAUGACACUGGAUGAGAAGGACUCCACAACUAUAGCUAACAUGAAAGCAGCCAUCCUGCAAAACCUCUCAGGCAGAUACUCAGAAGUACACGAUUAUCUGCUAGAGAGCACUGCACUAGACCCCAGAUUUCGAUCGUUGCCCCAUCUGCUCCCUGAACAACGUGAAGAGGUUUUCCACAGGUUGAUGGACAAAUCAAACCAGUUACAGCAGGCUGGCACUGUGGAGCAAGCAGAUAAGAGGGAGGGAGGUGCCAGUGAUGGAGAUCCCACUGAUGCAGCAGAGAAGAGAGAGAUAACACAGAGAGUUGAGCAAGAGCAGCCACCACCUAGCAAAAAGACAGCACUGGAAGAUCUCCUUGGUGCAACAUUUGCUAAACCAACAGUCUCUCAGUCUAGAUGUAGGAUAGAAGUAGAGAUUGAAAUGUACAAAAAAGACACUUCUAUUCCCCUCACUAGCUGUCCACUGAAAUGGUGGAAAGAAAAUGCUCAAGCGUACCCACUUCUUUCCUCUCUUUCCAAGGCUUACCUAACAGUUCCAGCAACUUCUGUUCCCAGUGAACGUGUUUUUUCUACAGCAGGGGAUAUUGUGAAUGCUCAAAGAUCCCAGCUUCUGCCAGAAAAUGUAGAUAUGUUGGUUUUUCUGCAAAAAAACCUGUAGGUAAACUAAACAAACCUAGUGUCUAUGUUUGAACUUAUUUGAACAGAAAACCAUUGAACCUUUUUUUAUAUACUGCUUUCAGAAGUUCUGUCUUAGGUUUCUUAAUUCUAAGUUCAUGUUAAAUAAAAAAAAUUAAACAAAUCAGUGACAGACAGACCUAUUCAGUUGGUAAUUUGAGUACAGAAAGGUUUUUAUUAAACCUUGAAAUUUGAUAUUUUAUGUACAACACAGAAAGUUGUUGAAAUUUGUUUGUUUUUGAAAUAAAUCUGUUAUUUAAAUUUCAGUUUCAUUUUUUUAAAUUUUGUUCAAAAUAUCGUGAUAUGCAUCGUAUCGUGAACCCAGUAUCGAGAUACAUACCGUAUCGUGAC